GUGUGCGUGCGUGCAUCAACUACAGACUAUAGAACAUGUUGCGCGCGAUGCCGCCAACGAAUUGCUGUUUGUAUGUUAUGAGGUGUUUAAUGGCUGCAAUCUCUGCUUCAGACUGCCCUGUCUGCCCCCAGCAGGCCAUACCUGUGUGUGGCUCCGACGGCGACACAUACAACAACGAAUGUUACGUUAAGAUGAAAAACUGCAUCGAGAAGACAGAGGUAGGCAUAGUCCACUGUGGCGAAUGCACAAACAGAACCGACGUCCAGACUGUGG